AUGCUGCUGGUAGUACUGCUGGUACUAUUGGUACUUCUGGUGCUGGUUCUGCUACAGCUCCUGACUGCUGCUCCUGACAUUGCUGAUUCAGGCCUUCCUUUCCCCUCCACCGCCGAGAUCGCCACGACCAGCGAAGGCUGGGAUCUUCCUCCCAUACCGGGUUCCGUCGAUGAGACACCCGAUGACCCCAGGGCCGGCCCCAUUCACGCCUCCAUGCAAAUUGCACUGGAAAAAUCAGCUCCCAGGCGGUGGUGGAAGCACAUUAGUAUGGGGCGGGAAUUGACGGAAAACAAGGAGAUGUAUUCCUCGUCUGCGUUUUCCCAGCUGGAGAAGUUGGGCAUCCGACACCCCCGCCCCACCCCUUUCAUCGGCAACCUGACAUUUUUCUGCCAGGGAUACUGGGAAAGCCACAGGAAGUUGAUCGAGACCCACGGACCUCUCUGCGGGUAUUACCUCGGUCGGCAAAUGUAUAUACUAGUGUCAGAGCCAGAGAUGAUUGAAAAGAUCUUGGUAAAGGACUUCGGCAACUUUACCGACAGAAUGGUGUCGAGCCUGAUCCCCAAGCCUCUUAGCGACAGCGUCGUUUUUCUACGCGGCAAGAGAUGGGCAGAAGUCAGACGGGCAUUAACGCCAUCGUUUGGCCCUGAGAAACUAAACCAGAUGCUUCCGCUCAUCAACCAGGCCUGCGACACCCUGCUGACCAACCUCAGGGUGCGGGCGGAUUCAGGAGCGGCUUUCGACAUCCACAGGUCCUUCGGCUGCUUCACCCUGGACGUCGUCGCCAGCCUGGCCUUUGGCUUGCAGGUGGACUCCCAGCGGGACCCAAGAGACCCCUUCGUCCAGCACUGCAGACGCUUCUUCGAGCAGUCCGUCCCCAGGCCGGUGCUCUUCUUGCUCUACGCAUUUCCCUUCUUGGCCCCUCUGGCCCGGGCCCUGCCCAGCAAGAGCCGUGACGAGCUGAGCGACUUCUUCAGGCGGGUGGUCCGGGACGGGAUGGCACUGCGCUCUCGGCAGCCCGCCGGCGAGCGGCGCAGGGACUUCCUCCAGGAGAUGCUUGAUGCCCACGGACGGAUCGGCCUUCCCGGGCCGGAGCAGCCGGACACCGCCGGACCGGGGGCCGCCGCCGGCCGGGCCCCGGAGCCCUUGACGGAGGACGAGCUGGUUGGCCAGGCCCUGAUCUUCCUGAUCGCCGGCUACGCCACCGCGGCCAACACUCUGUCCUUCGCCACCUAUCUGCUAGCCACCCACCCCGAGGUCCAGGAGAAGCUGCUGAGGGAGGUGGACGAGUUCGGCGAGAGCCAUGGGGAUCCUCCCACAUGCAGCAGUCUGCAGGAAGGCCUCCCCUACUUGGAUAUGGUCAUCUCCGAGACCCUGCGAAUGUACCCUCCGGCCUUCAGGUUCACCAGGGUGGCGGCCCAAGACUGCGAGGUGAUGGGCCAGCGAAUCCCAGCCGGGGCGGCCGUAGAAACAGCAGUGGGCUACCUGCAUCGCAACCCCGCUUACUGGCCCGAGCCGGAGAAAUUUCUCCCCGAGAGAUUUGCCCCAGAGACGGGGCAGCGGCCCCCACCCUGCGCGUACCUGCCCUUUGGCGCCGGGCCCCGGGCCUGCCCGGGAGCCCGGCUGGGGCUGCUGCAGAUCAAGCUGGUGUUGCUCCGCAGCCUGCGGGCCUUCAGAGUCGCCCGAUGCCCGGGCACCCAGGUUCCGCUGCAGCUCGAGUCCCAGGCCACCCUGGGGCCCCGAGACGGGGUCAUCGUCCAACUCCUGCCUCGCCGGCGGUCCCCGCCUGCCCCAGGCCCCUGCCAGCUCAGCUGAACCACGGCACGCGGCCCCAGAAUCAGACAUCGCACAGCAGAGAGGCCAGCUCACCACUUCCGUCCCUUUUCCCCUCACUCCGACACGCAGCCCCUUCCAGAUGGGGAUCUGGACCCCACUCGUUCUCCAGGAUUUAAUAAAGGUGAACUC